GUACAGUCGAAUAAGAACUGACAGCACCUAAGACCUCAUAACCCAUUACCUUUCGCGUUUCUCCAUCAAUGUCCUCAAACUAUCCACACAAUCAUUCCUCUGCGCUAUGCGACUACUGCAUGUCGACACCGAUGGCUCCUUCAAUCUUACUGAGUUCUCCUUUGAGAUACCACCUUACGCUAUCCUUUCUCACACCUGGGGCGAAGAUCACGAAGAAGUCAACUAUCGCGACAUCGUAGAAAAGAAGGGUGCCACAAAACCCGGGUAUGCGAAGCUUCAGUUCUGCGCGCGACAAGCUGUGCGAAACCAUAUUCGCUAUAUUUGGGUGGAUACAGCCUGCAUUGAUAAAAGCAGUAGUGCGGAGCUAUCGGAAGCCAUCAACUCGAUGUACCGUUGGUAUCAGUGUGCUGCUGUAUGCUAUGUGUACCUCUCGGAUGUGACCCACAAAGUUAUGCAAGCUGAUGCUCGGAUCAUUCAGAGCAGCAGGUGGUUCAGACGCGGUUGGACACUUCAGGAGCUCAUUGCUCCCAAGUCAGUCCAAUUUUUCACUGCUGAAGAGAUAUACAUCGGAGACAGAGCUUCACUUCAACACGACAUAGUUGAAGUCACGGGAAUACCGGAAGCUGUUCUGCAAGGUCGUCUGGACGCGAUCAAACAUUGCACAACACAUCAAGUACUAUCAUGGGCAAAACGACGCCAAACUAAACGUGAGGAAGACGCUGUAUAUUGUUUGAUGGGUCUGUUCGACGUCAACAUGCCACUUCUCUACGGCGAGGGGCGCACGCGAGCACUUCGAAGGCUUUUUAUCGAGAUCGAACAGAAUAAUCGGCAUGCGACCGUCAUUGAAACAUACAAGACUCUAGUCCAAACGCCUGACUACAUAAUACAGGAUGUCUAUGCUACCCUCUCCUCACCCAUCGCGAUACCUCUUUUCAUGAUCAUGUUCUAUACAAUAGCCUCUACCUCUUACAAGGUAGUUACCAUCAUUGAUACAGCCUAUUCUAUAUUGGUGUGUCUGCUUAUCCUUAUGAUUUUCUUAUUGAUGUGUCUGCUUAUCCUUAUGAUUUUCUUGAGAGGUGUUUUCAUUAUACAGUCAUUAAAGUUCGGCACCACCGCAACAACUGCUGUAAUUCUCUUAUUGCUAUUUCAGAUCGACUGAUGAAGCCUGGAUAAGUUUUGGAGAUGAGGUCAGUAGGUGAAAGAGAGCGUCAAUAUAGGUCGAGCGAAGUUGGGUGCUCUAUGUGCAACAGAUGUCAUUUUA